CAGGGGCGGACUGACCAUUUGGAAACUCGGGCACUGCCCGAGGGCCCAGGGUCAGUAGGGGGUCCCAUGAGAUGCCCGUGGUACCUUUUUCAUAGGUUUUUUUUUUUGCAGUUUGGGCAAGGACACAGGGGCCACAUGAUCCCCUAUUGCCCGGGGCCCCAUGAAUUGUCAGUCUGCCCCUGGGCUCAUCCUCAUCAGUGCCUCCUCAUCAAUACUCGUCAGUGCCACCUCAUUAGUGCAGUCUGUCAGUGCUGUCUCAUCAGUGCCCAU